CCCUAUUUGGCUGGAACAGAAAGAUUGAAUUCCAUUCCUCUUAAAUACUCAACAAUCAGUACAGGCUAAAGCUUCUCUGCUGCUCCACUUAUUUGCUUCUGCUCCAGUUCCCAAGCCAGAACCCACCAGGAGGCCAGACAGCUCCAUCCAAACCAGGCCAAAAUGAAGCCAGAACAAGAAGAGGCGCGGCCUCCAUUGGUCCCUGUUAAGGGGAUCCCCAUGAUAAAAUAUUUUGCAGAAGUCUACGAUGAAGUGGAAAGAUUUCAAGCACAUCCAGAUGAUUUACUGAUUUCUACGUACCCCAAGUCUGGUACCACCUGGAUCAGUGAGAUUGUAGACAUGAUCUACAAAGAAGGCAGUGUGGAAAAAUGCAGAGUUCAACCCAUCUACAUGCGAGUCCCUUUCUUGGAAUUUGCUGUACCUGAUGUCCCUACAGGCAUUGAGCUGCUCAAGGAAGUACCCCGUCCAUGUCUAAUUAAAACCCACCUUCCUGUCCAAAUGCUCCCCAAAUCCCUCUUGGAAAAGAAUUGCAAGAUUAUCUAUGUGGCCAGAAAUGCCAAAGAUGUGGCUGUCUCAUACUAUUACUUCUACCAAAUGGCAAAAGUGCACCCAAACCCUGGAACUUGGGAGGAAUUUCUGGAGAAGUUUAUGGACGGGAGUGUGUCUUUUGGAUCCUGGUAUGAUCAUGUCAAAGAUUGGUGGGACAUCACGAAGAAAUACAGGAUUCUGUACCUCUUCUAUGAAGACAUGAAAGAGGAUCCAGAACGGGAGAUUCAGAAGGUAAUGGAAUUCCUAGAGAGGCCAGUUGAUAAAAACUUAGUCAAGAAGAUUGCACACCACACCUCCUUUAAAGAGAUGAGCCAGAACCAAAUGGCUAAUUACAAAAGCAUUCCCACUUCAGUUAUGGAUCACACCAUCUCUCCUUUCAUGAGAAAAGGAGUUGCUGGUGACUGGAAGAACCAAUUCACAGUGGCACAAAAUGAGCGUUUUGAUGAGAAUUACAAGAUGCAAAUGAAAGGAACUACACUGCAGUUUCGAACAGAGAUAUAAUUGUCCUUUUUCUACUUGGUGAGGAUCUUCUUGUGUUACCUGUGAGAGCUGAGAGAUGGUAUGUAGAUGAAGAUCAAGACAAAUUGCCAUUGGGAUCCCAUCAAGAGAGGGAAAGACCUAGUUAACAUCAAAACCAUGCCAAGAACCAAAAUGAACUCCAACCUGCAUUUUUAUUUAUGAUGUUGCUACUUUUUAAUCAUUGAUCUCUUUCCAUGUGAUCCAAAAAUUCAAAGACAUUUAAGAACAUCUAGUUCUUAUAUUUGUGAAAGGGAUGUAGCUUGUUCCUUCCUUCCUUCCUUCCUUCCUUCCUUCCUUCCUUCCUUCCUUCCUUCCUUCCUUCCUUCCUUCCUUCCUUCCUUCCUUCCUUCCUUCCUUCCUCAAAAUGUCACUACUUCAUCUUUAGCUUCUUGGUGGAUUACUUGUAAAAAUAUAAAUGCUGGAAAGUAGUAGAUUGAUAACAUGCAGAUUUUGCAUUAAAAUUUAUGUUCCAGGUAAACAAUGCAGAAUAAAAGUCUCAUCUGAAACUGC